AUGCGAGAGGAAGAAGGUGGUCGUCGUUGUGAUGAUGAUGAUCGUUAUUAUGAUCAUCGUCAUCGACGCGACGACGACAGAGAAUUCGCGAGACGAGACGGGGGCGAAGACCUCGAUGUCGAUGUUCCUCCUCCGUUCGCGCGAGGCGAGAUUCGGAAAGGUAUCGUGCGUUCGAUUCAGCCGUACGGAUUGUUCGUGCGUUUGAUGGAGGAAGCGGAGGAGGAGAAUAAAGAGGACGUAUACGGAGGAGGAGGAGGAAGAGGAGGAAGAGGAAGGAGACAUUUACCGGAUGGUUUAGUCCACGCGAGUCAAGUUUCGAACGAUAUCACGUUCCAAAGAGACGAUACGGACGAGGCGAAAGUGCAGUCUUUGUCGUACUUUUUCCCGGUGGAUGCGAAAGUGUUUGCGAAAGUUUUAAAAUGCGAGAAAGAUCCCGCGAGAGGGUGGAAAGUGAGUUUAUCGAUGAAAAAUGUCGAUCAAGAGAGCGGGGAAGACAAGGAUCCAGAGAACAGAGAAAAUGGAUUUAACGCUAAUAACAACACGAAUAACAGCCACGAUGGAUAUAGAAAUAACAACAACAACGCGUCGACGGCAUCGUUCACGGCUGAUUUAUUCGGCGUGUACGAAGGCAAAGUAUCUUCGAUUAAACCGUACGGCGUAUUUGUAAAUUUAGAAAAUACUCGAACGUCGGCUUUGAUUCACGUUUCCGAGAUUAGCGAACACUUACGGUUUUCUAGAGAAGAUACGGACGAGGAUAAAGUUAUGGGCAUUGAAGGAGUUUUGUCGGUUGGCGAAUCGUGCUUCGUUAAAAUAAUCGAAAUGAAACCGCCGGAAAGCGAACGCGAUCGAAUGAAACUCUCCGGGUCGAUUCGACUCGUCGAUCAGAAAUCGGGCGAAGAUCUAGAUCCGGAAAACAGGAAACUUCGCGAACGACGCGACGGUGGUGGUGGAGGCGAUGGCGGACGAUUCAACAAGAAACCCGUCGGCGCAGACGCUGGCGAAAAAGUGCAACCUGGCGGCAUCGUCCACUGGGGACACGAAAAAGCCGACGUCAAAGAACAGAGCAAAAACGCAUACGAUUUCGUCGUCGACGUCGAAGACGACCAAAAACACGAACCGAAAGCGGACGACUAUUCCAAACCGAGGUUUGGUCACGGAUUAGAAGGGUACGUCCCGGAAAUCAAAAAAGGCAAGAAGAGGAAAGACUCGUCGUCGUCCAAAAAAGACAAGAAGAAAGAUUCGAAGAAACGCAAGAAGCGGGAGAAGAAAGAGAAGAAGAAGAGAAAGAAGAGCAGGAAGCGAGACAAGAGAAAGAAGAAGAGCAGUUCCUCCUCUCACUCCUCCUCCUCCUCCGACUCCGAUAGUUACAGCAGUAGCUCGUAUUAA